ACCCUCUCAACGAUAAGAUUUUUCACAGCACCCUCAUCGUGUACACAACUCAACCCAGUAGCAUCCACCUUCUUCUUCUUCUUCUUCUUCAUCAAACCCUAACUUCAUCUCGUACGUUCAUCUUCAUCUCCUAUUAAUAUUCAUCUUCAUCUUCAAACCCACAAUUCACUUCAAAACCACAUCAUUUAUGCACCAAAAUCCACAAUUUCCAUUCAAAUCCAACAUCAUUCAUGGCAAUUCUACUAAAUUCAACACCCCCAAUAACAAACCACUCCAAAAACCCUCAAAUUCUCCCCCAAUUUCACCACUUUCCCGCCAAAUUCAGGUUUUCUAGGGUUUUAUUAAACUUAACAUCCUUAGCAUCAACACAAACAGCAGCAUUAGCUUCAAAAGAAUCAGUGUUCACACUACCUAAUUGGAGAUCAGGUAAAACAGACUCUAAAACCAAAGAUUAUAGAAUAAAUGAUGCUUUUUUGUACUUAGAAUACAUGUUUGGAAAAGGUCAUAAACCUGAUGUCUACCAAGCUACACAGUUAUUAUACGAUUUAUGUAAAUCGAAACGCCUCCGAAAAGCAACUAAGGUUAUGGAAAUGAUAGUCGAUUCGGGUGGGGUCCCGGAUGCGGCUUCGUAUAACUUUUUGGUGAGUCAGUUGUGUAAGAGAGGGAAUGUUGGGCAUGCUAUGCAGUUGGUUGAGAAGAUGGAGGAUCAUGGGUAUCCGACGCAUACUGUUACGUAUAAUUCGUUGGUUAGAGGGUUGUGUAUGCUCGGGAAUUUGAAUCAGACGUUGUUGUUUAUCGAUAAGUUGGUUGGGAAAGGGUUGGUGCCUAACGCGUUUACUUAUUCGAUAUUGUUGGAGGCUGCGUAUAAGGAGCGAGGGGUGGAUGAGGCGAUGCGGCUUUUGGAUAAUAUUGUGGCGAAAGGCGGUGAGCCGAAUUUGGUGAGUUAUAAUGUUUUGUUGACCGGGUUGUGUAAGGAGAAUCGGACCGAUGAGGCAUUGUCGUUUUUUCGGGAGUUACCGUCGAAAGGGUUUGCGCCGAAUGUUGUGACGUAUAACAUUUUGUUGAGAAGUUUGUGUCGUGAAGGGCGGUGGGAUGAGGCGAACGGGCUUUUGGCUGAAAUGGUGGAAGCGCAGUUGUCACCGUCGUUGGUUACGUAUAAUAUAUUGAUCAGUUCGUUGGCUUUUCACGGUAGAACGGAUAACGCGCUCAAGGUUCUUAAUGAAAUGUCUAAGGGAGAGUUCAAGCCGAUUGCGGCUACGUACAAUCCGAUCAUUGCGCGUCUUUGUGAGGAAAAGAAGGUGGAAGAUGUAAUGAGGUGUCUCGAUUUGAUGACGUAUCGCGGUUGUAGUCCAAACGAGGGAACUUAUAACGCGAUUGCGGGGCUAUGUAAAGUGGGUAUGGUACAAGAAGGUUUUUCGAUCAUUAACAGUUUAAGCAGUAAACAAAACUCGUCGAAUCAUGACUUUUACAAGAACGUGAUAUCGGGAUUGUGUCGAAAAGGGAAUACUUUCCCUGCGUUUCAGCUUCUUUAUGAAAUGACGAGAUACGGGUUUACACCCGAUUCGUAUACUUACUCGUCGUUGAUUAGAGGGUUGUGCUUGGAGGGUUUGUUACAUGAAGCAAUGGAGGUGUUUAGCAUCAUUGAAGAAAGUAAUUGCAGGGCGGAUAUCGACAAUUUUAACGCGCUUAUACUCGGGCUAUGCAAAUCUCAGAGGACGGAUUUGUCUUUGGAGAUUUACGAUAUGAUGAUAGAGAAAGAGUAUAUGCCGAACGAGACGACUUAUACGAUUAUCGUUGAAGGGAUUGCGCAUGAAGGUGAAAGGGAGCUGGCGGCUUUAGUGUUAAGAGAGCUAUAUUCAAGGCAAGUGAUUGGUCGAAGUACGGUAGAUAGGCUUCUUAUGCAAUAUGAUUUUGAGGAUCUCACUGGGUAAAUAGCUGCAAAAAAAGAAAAAAAAGUUAUAAAACUUUUUGGGGGAAAACAAGCAGAUUGAACGGAUCAGAGAAAAGUUAAGGCGUUGCUGAUCGCAUUUGCAGGUGCAGGAUGCAGUUUUUUAAGGUUGUUUAUCGGGAAUUUAUUCUUGAAGUUGUUGCUUUUGGCAAGCUUUGAGGCAUGCUAUAUUGCUAAUGUUGUUUUGUUCAUGCCACAUAACUUCACUUAUAACCGGCUUUAGGUUUUAUAAUACAGCAUCAUCUCUAUUGUAUAUUUUAUCUAAUAUGCUAAAGUGAUAUCUUUUAAAAUGCAA